AUAAAUAUCAGAGUUUCUCACUGUGGCUUUGUGGAGCUGCCCAGCUGAGCAAAGAGAAAGGAAGCAGCCUUGUCCGAGGGGUUUUGACAACCCCAGCAAUGUGGAGAAGCCUGGGGCUUGCCCUGGCUCUCUGUCUCCUUCCAUGGGGAGGAACAGAGAGCCAGGGGCAAAGCUCCUUUUGUAAGCAACCUCCAGCCUGGAGCAUAAGGGAUCAAGAUCCAAUGCUGAACUCCUAUGGUUCAGUGACUGUGGUUGCUCUGCUUCAAGCCAGCUGAUACCUGUGCCUUCUGCAGGCAUCUAGAUUGGAAGACCUGCGAGUAAAACUGGAGAAAGAAGGAUACUCAAACAUUUCCUAUGUUGUUGUUAAUCACCAAGAAAUCUCUGCUCGAUUAAAAUACAUACAUCUUAAAAAUAAGGUUUCAGAAUAUAUUGCUGUUUAUCAACAAGAAGAAAACCAAACAGACAUCUGGACUCUCUUAAAUGGAAGCAAAGAUGACUUCCUCAUAUAUGACAGAUGUGGUCGUCUUGUAUAUCAUCUUGGUUUGCCUUACUCCUUCCUAACUUUUCCAUAUGUAGAAGAAGCCAUUAAGAUUGCCUACUGUGAAAAGAAGUGUGGAAACUGCUCUCUCAUGACACUGGAAGAUGAAGACUUCUGUAAAACUCUAUCUUUGGCUACUGUGGAAAAAACAACUGAGGAUUCACAGCCACAUCACCAUCACCAUCACCAGCAUCAUCACAAGCAUGGGCAUCAGCAUGCUGGGAACAGUCAGCUUUCAGAGAAUCAGCAACCGGAAGCAACAGGUGCUCCUGAGCAUCCUCCUCCUCCAGGCCUUCAUCACCACCAUAAGCACAAGGGCCAACAAAGAAGGGGUCACCCAGAGAACUGAGACAUGCCAGGAGGGGAAAGUUUACAACUUUCUCUUCCACAAAAGAAGCUCUGACAAAAAGGAUGUAUAAAUCAGUUACUCUGUAAGAUGCCCAAAGAUUCAAAGUUGGCUCCUAGUAGUUGAUGCUGACAUUGUCGACAUCUGAUAUUUGAAAAUACAAGGUCUGCAAUCACCUGACAGUGUACAGAAAACCUCCCCUCUUUAUGUAGCUGACAGGGACUUUGGGCAGAGGAGAACGUCAUUGAAUCUUGUCAGUGACGUUUGCCUCCAGCUGCCUGACAGCCAAGUCAGCAGCUCAAGCCCACAGAAGCCAGCACCAAUUGAAGCUGAAAAUAUAAGGCAGCAAUGUGAAAAUGACCUUCAAACUAAACAUUUAAAGUAGGAUAUACUCCCCAAGUCAGUCUAGACGCAAUUUCACUUCUAGCAUUUUUGUAAGCUACCUAAUUAAUAGCGAUACAAAAAUAAAAAUUGGAAUUGUGCAAACAUGGAGAAAUCUACUAUAUUGGCUUCCAAAUUUUAAAAUUUAUGUCAAAUUUUAACCCAAACCAUAUUUUUAUUACCGGGCAACUGACAGGUGAUUGCAGCUUUUGGUUAAUAUGUCUUUCUUUUUCUUUUUCCAGCAUUCUACUUGCAUUAAUGAGAACAGAAACGUAAACUAUGACCUAGGGGUUUCUGUGGGAUAGUUAGCAAUUUAGAAUGGAGGAAGAACAACAAAGACAUGUUUUCCAUUUUUUCUUUACUUAUUUCUCAAUGCUAUCUUUGUCUUUUUCAUCUUAUGUUUUUAACUGAUUAAACCUUUAAAGAAGUGAAUUCUGUCUUUUAAGAUCUAGAAAUACUUACACAUGAAUAUUUUGCUAUGACUACAGUUUAAAUAUCCACUUAUACGUACAUCUAAGACUCAUAUCUUGAUUUUUACUACCACAUAUGAAUGAAGUCUUUAUAUCUUGUUUUCUUUAUCUAGCAUCGUAUCGCACUUUGAAAUGUGAGAGUGCCCCUUGAAAGAUAUAAGGGGAAAGGUAAAAGAAUGUUGUCUAUCUCUUGAUUGCUUAGAAAGUAUUUCCAUAGUCAAUGAUGGUUCAAUAGGUAAACUAAGUCCUAUAAACCUGAACUCCUUUAUGGUUAAUACUAUUAAGCAAGAAUGCAAUACACAGUUGGCCAAAGUGUGGACUUGUUUAAAAAAACUUAAUAAAAAAAGUUUAAAGCUG